CCUCCAGCACUCACAGCUCCUGCCCCUUACUCUUGCUCACAGCUAAGUGCCUUUGCUCUCUUUUUCUCUCUUCCUCCUCUCUUCCUCCUCUCUUUUUCUUCAGUUAUUCUCAUAUAUUUCUAAGUCCCUUAAGUGGCUGCAGAGGCUGCAGUGCUGCGAGAGACCCAGAGAAUCAGAGAUAUUGGAAGAGGAAUGCAGCAGAAAAAUUGUGUGUAAGAGAGAGGGAGCCUGACACAAACAGGGACACAGAAGAACUGUCACAAACAGCUCUCACAGAGACCAUGAGGAUCCACAUAGUGACUGCAAGACGAGGAGAGAGACAGUGCCAGCUAGUAGAGGCUGACAGGGGCUAAAUCAAAGAACUCUAGCAUGUUGUGUGCCACGGAAUCACCCAGAGAGAAGGCAGGAGGUGACAGCAAUAUCCAGAUCAUUCUUUUGUCUCAUUUCUGCACUCACUAAACAGGAUUAUCUUUUAAACCCUGCAGCCUGCAUCGUAAGGCACGCACAACAUAAUAUCUGUAAGCCAAUCUGAUUUCUACAGAAAAUCAACAUAUUUGCAUUCAGUUGUUGUGUAUGCACCGACAGAGUAAUAUCCAAGGUAGUUGCAUUUGCACAACCCAACGGUGACAUCUAGCUCCCACGCACUGGGAAACACACAGCAGCUCAGUUGCCUUUGGAUCACCCCCUUCCACCUGAAGAUAGCGCGACCUAAGCAGCUGAAACUCCCAUCUAUCCAGGACGCAUCUACUAGCGCAGUGGGGGGCAAUGGAUCAUAUAGCCACUGGGGCUUCUGAGCAUCGCUAAUUAAUUUGGGAAAUCAAGCUCCAGGCUUGCAGAAAUACAUCUCCAAUUUCUCUAGUGCAACGUAUAAGAGAGAGGGGGGCAAAUAAUAUAAUUGCUUCCUGUUCCAUCGCUAUUAUUCCUGGAAACUGACUUGAUCCCUCUUAUAAAUCUAUCUUGGGUAAGACAGAGAUACUCAGAUAUCUUCAAUAUUGCAUCUGCCUUCAAAAAACCCUGAGAUAUUUUGAUGCCUGGAUUAAUAGAGAGAGACCCCAUUCUCCAUAAGGCGGUUCAUUAAAACUGUAUUAAUGGCCAAUACCCUUUUAACUCUGCCUAGAUUUAUAACACUGUAUCAGUGUCACUGGGACAGAAGGCCCUUGUGAUCACAUAUCCCUGUCAGUCUUGAUAUGUCACGGCCGGGUGUCCUUUUGCCAGUCAAUGGGCAUAACUUUGGUAGCCAGGGGGGCCCUCCUCGUGUCGUAGUCUGGGAGUGGCUGAAUGAACAUGGACGCUGGAGACCCUACACUGCUACUGUGUGUCACCACAUUGAGAAUGCCCUACGAGAGGAUGGCCGGGGACGGGUGGCCUUAGGGCAAGUGGAUGCCCAGCUCACACCCUAUGUCAUCGACCUGCAAACUAUGCACCAGUACCGGCAGGACACAGGAACAAUCCGGCCAGUAAGGCGCAACUUUUUUGAGCCAUCCUCUGCCCCAGGGAAGGGCAUAGUCUGGGAGUGGGAAAAUGAUGCAGGUUCUUGGACCCCUUAUGAUACAGAGAUCUGUAUUGCCAUCCAGAAUGCCUAUGAGAAACAUCAUCCUUAUCUGGACCUCACAACCCUUGGUUUCUGUUAUUUGGUUCAUUUCCACAGCAUGUGCCAAGUCAACCGCCAAACCCACCGUAAGCGCAGGCUAAGGAGACGUAUGGACCUGGCAUAUCCACUCACCAUGGGAUCCAUACCAAAGUCUCAGUCUUGGCCUGUGGGAUCUGGCUCAGGAUUGCCCUGCUCAUGUCCUCAGUGCCUCCUUGUUAACAGCACUAGAGCAGCCUCCAAUGCCAUAUUGGCAUCCCAAAGGAUCAAGGUUCCAUCUGGUCCUCCACCUGCCUUGCCUCCUCCACCACCUCCUACCAUACAUCCGUCUGGCUUGAGGCAAAGCAAUACCUAUAGUGGAGGUGCAGCAGGCUGGGGAAGAACAGGGGAAGGAAUGCGUUCUACAGGAGGCAUAAGAAAUGGCUCUGGAUUCUCCCGCAGUCAGAGCGUACCAGGUGCAGCACCAUAUCCAGGACAGAACAACCUUAACAGGCCAGGAGAACAGAGGACUAGUGGGAGCAGCAGCAGAGCAUCUAUUCCACCAGGCGUCCCUGCUCUACCUGUGAAGAACCUAAAUGGUUCAGGUCCUGUGCACCCAGCAUUGGCAGGAAUGACUGGUAUUUUAAUGUGUGCAGCUGGGUUACCUGUCUGCCUGACCAGAGCCCCCAAACCUAUUCUGCAUCCACCUCCUGUCAGCAAAGAGGACAUUAAACCUGUCAGUGGCGUUAGUGGCAUCUGUCGGAAAACUAAGAAGAAGCACUUGAAAAAAAGUAAGAACCCAGAAGAGGUGGUGCGCAGAUACAUACAGAAAGUAAAGUCCCCUCCUGAUGAGGAUUGCACUAUCUGCAUGGAACGUCUAGUCACUGCAUCAGGUUAUGACGGUGUUCUCAGUCACAGAGGAAUUCGAGCUGAGCUGGUUGGGAAGCUUGGAAAGUGUAACCACAUGUACCAUGUGCUGUGUCUGGUGGCCAUGUAUAACAAUGGGAAUAAGGAUGGUAGCUUACAGUGUCCAACAUGUAAAGCAAUUUAUGGAGAGAAGACAGGCACACAACCUCCAGGGAAGAUGGAAUUCCAUGUCAUUCCUCACUCUCUGCCUGGAUUUUCAGACUGUAAAACCAUACGCAUUGUAUAUGAUAUCCCAAGUGGCAUGCAGGGGCCUGAACAUCCCAACCCUGGCAAGAAGUUUACAGCCAGAGGAUUUCCACGACACUGCUAUCUACCAGAUAAUGAUAAGGGGAGAAAGGUAUUACGACUCUUGCUGGCAGCUUGGGAGCGGCGCUUGAUAUUUGCCAUUGGUACCUCAAGCACGACAGGGGAAUCCAACACAGUAGUGUGGAACGAGAUCCACCACAAGACAGAAUUUGGGUCCAACCUAACGGGCCAUGGUUAUCCAGAUCCAAACUAUUUGGACAAUGUUCUGACUGAACUUCAUCGUCAGGGUGUCAUGGAGGAGCGAUCCCUUCCAUACUGAUGAUGGUACUGGCAGUUACUUAGCUGAGCAUAUAAAAGCCAGCAGGUGCAUACCAUUGCCUGCCUGCAAGAGGGUGAUUUUCUGCAAACAGAAAAAUCCUGUUUUUUUUCAGGAGCUGCAGUACUGGAGAAACCUUUGUCACUAAAGGAGAAGUUGCAGAGGAACAUCACAAAAUGAUGCAGAACAUCACAUAAACCAAGUGGUGUGUGAAAACAAUGUCAAGAUGGCCUAAAAUCAAACACUGGCAGAGCAUAUGCACUUCUUUACAGUACAUAGUGCAUCUGAGGAAGAAAGCAGAUGGCACACAGACAAUGGACUCAAGCCACUUAGUGCCAGAGAGAGGGUUCUACAUCAGAACAUUCUGAGGGGGGGGGGAAAUGAAAGAGUCCCAUAAUUAUAUAUCUUAAAAGUGGGUGCUAAGAAUAUCCAGUGUUGGUUGUCAUCUCAUAACAAUUGUCUCCAGCCACAGAAUAAUGUUUUGGUCCUUGCAUUUGUCCUUACUCCUACUUCAAAACCCAGGCCCACUUUAAGCUCCUUCUGUCCUACUGUCUGCAUGAUCUGAGAAUAUGUUGGAUGGGUCUGUGUUGUAAAGGACUCUAAGCUCUGGAGGAGUAUGUAUAGCAACAGCACUGCUGUUCUGACCAUUAUAUAUAGAUAUAUAUAUAAUACAGAGUUUUAGAAAUGAGCAAUAACACAUUCAUUUGAAACCCUUCCCCAAGAUCCACACAUAAGGUUGUGGGCAAUGCAUAUUAAAGGAACAGUACUGCUUAAAUUUGUAUGAGUUGCUCCAAUAUGACACUUACGCUAUACUGUAUAUACAGAUUUUUAUAUGUAAAUGCAUACAGCUCUGCAACCUGUUAAAAUUAAGAUAUGAGAAGUCCUGCAUGCCCUUUCCUGCAGUUGGGAGAAACAGGAUAUCCUGCAGCUAAGGCAGUGUUUGAGUUCACUUUAUAGAAUGUUACUUGUGGUUUGGCAUUCAGUGUGGCAUAAAUGCAAGUUUAUUUGUUUUUAAAGACAUAUUGUAUUUCUUGUGUGUUAAAAUAGCAGUUUGUAACAAUCACACUGAUGCCUCUCUAGAUGUUGUAGAACUUCAACUUCCUCCAACCCACCGACAGCUGAAGGACAACUGUGGUUUGCCCAUGCUUGCUACAGACCAUUUUAUGUAUCUUUUGUUCUGCUGUGUUUUGGAAACUUUUAACUAUAUGUUUCAUUUGUACAAGACUGUUAAUAUAAAUGUGUAUCAGUUUGAAGCUUUACUGUUCCGUUAAUCUGCAGAACUGCUAAGCUGUGUGGUCCCUCACAAAGUCUUUUCAGAAAACAUUAAAAUAACUUGGCCAAAACUAAAGGGUUCUCUAGUCAACACAGGCAUUAAAUCCUUUAAAUCCUU